CAAUGGGCAAGUUCUCGGCGACUCUUGCUGAGCUCGACACCAAGGACGACACAAAGGCUGAGGAUGGAUCGAAGGGCAAAGAGGUUGAUGACAUCGAAGAUGAUGGCAAUGCCGAGCGAGUCAAGGCUGUCAAUGAUCCGACAUCGGAAGACGAGUACAACAGCAAGAGGACUGCACAAACUGGUAUCAAUCCGGUAAACCUUGAAGGAACUUUGGUUGAGGACGAGGAGCGUGAGACUGGACGGGUCAAAAUGGAGGUUUGGGGCAUGUUCUUCUCAGCAUGCGGAAGCCAUUGGUACUGGAUUGCUGUACUUUUGUUAAACUCCCUGACCGACGUGCUUCUGAUUGUUCAAGACUACUGGAUCCGCAUCUGGGUAGAGGCAAACAACACAGCAUCUCCACACGUGGUUCUACGCGAUUCCAUCGACACAGUAUCACCAACAGCAAACACCAACAUAGUCGGCCAGCAUACAGCUGCCUAUGCAUAUUCUGGAGUGAUCAAAGCCGCCAGAAAUGUGCAUGCAAAGUUGAUCAGGUCGGUUGUCCAUGCUACACCACGCUUCUUUGAUUCGACACCAUUCGGUCGGAUCAUUAACCGGUUCUCCCGCGAUAUGGAAUCGAUUGGCACAGAUACGCUGGAUCCACUCAUUUGGAUGCUCGCAGACUUCACCUCUGCAUUGGGUGUUAUCAUCAUCAUCACUGCAGUUACGCCGCCGUUCAUUUUUGUUGCUGUUGCCAUCGUAGUCGCAUACGUGGUGAUUGCCAAGUGUUACUUGGAUUCAACCCGCGAGCUGAAGCGACUUGAGUCAAACGCCUCAGCGCCGCUGCUGUCGCUGUUUGGCGAACUGAUACAGGGUGUAUCGUCGAUCCGCGCAUUUGGUCUCAAAAAGUACUACAUCAUGGAGGCUAUUAACAGAUCAGAUGAGCUGAAUCGCCCAUUCUACCUGACAAUGGUGUCGACCCGCUGGAUGUCCGUCCGACUUGAUGCCGCAGGUGCAACGGUGUCGUUCUUCUGCGCUUUCUUCAUCUUGUGGAAUGUCCACAGCUUCGACGCCGGUCUUGCUGGAUUUGCAUUGGUACAUGCACUGCAGUUUAAAGACUAUAUGCUGUCUGCCAUCCGGAACUAUGGCGAUAACGAGCUGAGCAUGAACGGUGUUGAGCGGGUCAGCCAGUAUCUAAAGCUUGACCAGGAGGCCAGCGCUCAGUCGACGCCCGAGAACAAGCCCGCCAGCAACUGGCCCAGGACUGUGUUGCAUGGCCUGAGCAUGUCGAUCAAGCACGGCGAGAAGAUUGGUGUGUCGACGCUGUCGCUGGCGUUCCUGCGGUUCAUCGAGGCAGCCAAGGGCCGGAUCGUGCUCGACGGGGUCGACAUCUCGAAGAUUGGCCUGGAGGAUCUCCGUCGCAAUGUCACCAUCAUCCCGCAGGACCCAGUGCUGUUCAACGGCACUAUCCGCUUCAACCUCGACCCGUUCAGCGAGUACCCGAUGAGAUUGUGUGGGAUGCGCUGCACCGUGCGCAUCUGGUGCGCGAGCGUGGCAGCCAGACCGCCAGCACCGCAAUCAGCGUGUUUGAAGGCAAUGCCAUCGACAGCUCGCUGGAGCGCAUGUCAGGGCAUAUUCACUAGCCUGGAGGCCGAGAUCAAGGAGAAUGGCCAGAACCUGUCGCUGGGUCAGCGUCAGCUAGUGGCGCUGGCUCGCGCUCUGGUGCGCCAGUCGCGGCUGAUCAUCAUGGACGAGGCGACGGCGUCGGUCGAUUUCGAUACCGAUGACCGUAUCCAGCGCACGAUCCGUGGCUCCGAGUUUGCCGACUCGACCCUGUUCUGCAUUGCUCACCGGCUGCGCACCAUCAUCGACUAUGACCGCGUGCUGGUACUGGACAAGGGCAAGGUUGCCGAGUUUGACACUCCGGCCAACUUGCUCAACAGACAAGGCAGUAUCUUCCGGAGCAUGUGUGAAAAGUCCGGCGA